CUUGCUACUGCAAGUAAAUAAAAAAGAAGAAAUGUAAGAAAAGCGAUAGGUUACAUACAUUCCAUCCAUGAAAGGACUUUCAGGUCUUACUGAUAUAGGACAUACAACAAUGAUUAAAAAAACUUCAUGAUACUACAAAUGAAUGGAAUACUGAGAAUCUUCCCUAAAGAGAAAAACAUUUCAGAUCUCUUUUAGUGACAGAAUUUCAAUUACCUGUGGCUUGCUUAGCAGAAAAUAGCACAGGCAAUUUGCUUCCAGGGAGUUUAAUAAUCAUAUCCUUAGGCUUUCACUGUGCAUGUUUAACUUUAGGCAAAGAUUUGAAAAUGAUGGCACUAAUGAGCAGUCAGCCAAGAUUCAGACUCCUUGAUUUUAUGACAGAUUAUGAAACACAGUCCAGAUUUCUUAGUUGCCUGGCACACCACAACAUGAUUUUGUAAUGGUUCAAGAACCAGUCACAGGUGUAUACUUCAUAGUCUCUGCUAAAGUGGCCUUUGCCCUCUGGGUCAAACACGUAAAACUGCAUGCUGUUAAUGCAGUUUCUCGGGGAUCGGUGCCUGCAGAAAGCAGUUUGUCCGCAGGGCACGAGUGGUGACGUGUCAACCCACGCCAUAAGCGUGCGGGUCCCCGUCACUGCAGGGAGAGCCGUGUGACGGGCUGCUGCGUGCCCCCGCUCCUCGCACUCCGCGUUGCGGCACGGCGGGAUGACAACGCUAAGGGUCCCAAUGUCAUUCCCGUAAGCUCAGAGUAAAAGCCGAGUCCGCUCCUCCCCGCGGCGGCCGAGGGAUGGGCCGCGCGGACGGCUCCUCCAUUUUCUGUCACAGGGGAGUGAGCACGGUCCAUCUUGUGACGUCGAUGGCUCCGCACUCCUGGGUGACGCGUGAUCAGACGCUAAAAUCUGGCGCUGGACCGUCAAAGCAUUUUACAAAACGAAAUGAUUAUCACCUCUACCUGCCGCUCUGACGCAAGACGUGUUUCGGUUACCCCGACGCCGGUGGGCGGAGCUCUCCUUUCCUUCCGCCCCGCCGCCGCUCUGUGGGCGUCACUUCCAUCCGCCGUGCCACCGCCGCCAGGAUGAUUCCGCCGGUGCAGGUCUCGCCGCUCAUCAAGUUCACCCGGUACUCGGCCCUGCUGGUGGGGAUGAUCUAUGGCAAGAAGCGAUACGACUACCUAAAGCCUAUUGCUGAAGAAGAGAGAAGAAUAGAGGCUGAAGAGAAAAAGAAACGUGAAGAACUUGAGCGGAUUGCAAAAGAGCUUGCAGAAGCAAGUGAAGAAUCUAUACUGAAAUGAACAAAAGAUUGGAUCUUAAUUUCACACAUGGAAAUACAUGGCUAGGCUCUGAACUGUUCAGUAGUUGGUGGACUUUGCAUGCUAUUCUAUCAAUAAAAUGCUUACAACGC